AUGGGUUCGGAAUUUUCUACUAACAUCAACAAGGAAGAAAACACAGUUGCAGAUUCUCUCUCGGAUUUAGGAAUUGCAAGAACUGAGUAUGAUGAUACAUAUUCAUUCAACUGUUUUUCUAGUGGAUCAAGUUCUCACUCGAGAGGAAUGGUUGGAGGUUUAUUUGGAGAAAUAAUUGGCAGUGAUAAUUUCAAGUCUCCCACCUUUAAAAUUGUUACUGAUACUAGUUUCAACAAUAUGGAAUGGAAUUCCUCACAAUAUGAAAUAGAAAGACAUUUUUAUAGUGAUGAUUUUGAAGUAGAGAAUGGGUAUAUCAAGAGUGUAAAACCUCGUUCUCCUACCACAAUUAAUGCUAGUCCUCAUUCUAGAUUUUCCUCAAGUUUUGAUUCAAGUUGCAGUCAGCUUACACCUCAAAACAAUGAAAUGAUCAGAGAGGAGCUGGUGGAGGAGUCAGAUAAUUUGGAGGACAAUACCAAAACACCUUCCGAUGAGGAGAUAACAAAAAUCAUGUAUCAACAAUAUGUAUUGCAAUAUCACUUGACAUUGUACAAAUUUCCAUCAGAGUGUGAUGAAUUUUAUGAUUAUUAUUUCGAGUAUGUUAUUGAUAUUUUAAUUUUCAUUAUCCUUAUCGCCUCAAUAUUUAUUUGUAAUUUUUGA